CAGCUCUUUCCAACUUUUGAAUGUCCCAGGGAGUGAAAUCAACACUGGAUCCACAGCCCCUGAACUCCGAUGACCUUGGCUGUCCCUGGAAACAGCCUCCCAAAGCACAAGAACAUCCGGCAAGGUGUUUCUCACCUCACGCAGUAAGCAGGGAAUCCAUUCCUCAGGGCUAACUGAGCAGCAUGUCCCAAGCCACAAAGCGCAAGCAUGUGGUGAAAGAAGUCUUGGAGGAGUACGUGGUGCCUUCAGAGCGGCAGCAGAUCGUCCGGGUGCUGGGGACUCCAGGCAAUAACCUGCAUGAGGUGGAGACGCCAGAAGGGGCAAGGUUCCUUGUGAGCAUGCCCACCAAAUUCCGCAAGAACAUUUGGAUCAAGAGAGGUGACUUCCUGCUGGUGGACCCCAUAGAAGAAGGGGAGAAAGUAAAAGCAGAAAUCAGCUUUGUGCUGUACAAGGAUCACAUUUGCUAUCUGAAGAAGGAAGGAUACUGGCCUACUGCCUUCUUAACUGAAGCUUCAGGAACUCAGAGCAGUGCUAAAGACAGGGAAGAAACACAAAGCCCCCCACGUUCUGCAGGGGAAGACGACUCUGAGGAUGAUGACAGCGACUUGUUUGUGAACACAAACCGUGUGAAUUACAGCUACGUGGAGAGCGAGGACAGCAGCGAUUCAGAGGACGACGAGAAGUAACUGGGUUACUCUCUGGCAGCAGAGACCAGGCCAGACCUUUGGAUGUCCCCACCUCUUCCUGUGGACUGUUGGACUUUCUUUUUUUUUUUGUGGCAUUCUUCCUGGAAGGCCAAGUGGUGCUGGAACUUUUGACUAGCUGUUGUGGACAGAGUGUGCACUCUACAAAGCUGGGCAGCCUUUUCAAUAGCGAAAGCCCCCUCCUCCGAGAGUCCUUUAAUCUUGUCUAGACUGGAUGCUUUUGCUAUAUAGUCCGAAGUUCACUUCUCCUGUCUCCUUUUUGCCUUAUUUAAUAAAAUGGGGUCUAGCCCAA